UCAUCUCGCCAAAUAUAGAAAAGGAUUUCGUUAAGAUCUUCGCUGGUAUCCAUGUGGCCAUGAUGUCGAAGGAUUUGACAAAGCCAUUCUUUCAUGGGGAAAACAAGGACGAUAUCAAUGGGUUUCUUUUUGAUUAUGAGAGGUUUGCAAAAUCAAAAGAAUUGAUAAAAACUAAGACACAAUGGUCAGAUUUAAAGGAUGCUAUAGUGAAAAUAAUAAAUGCUGAGAAUGAUGAUAGAACAAAAAUUAAUCGAUUAAGGAAUAUCAGACAAGGGGAAAGAGUAACAGCAAGGGGAUAUGCAAGUAGAUUUGAAGCCUAUACUGAUGUGAUUAAAAACAAGAUAAGAAGCUAUGAACAACACGAUUGGUUCUUAGAUGGCUUACAUGAACCAUAUCGAUCCAGGAUGGAAUGUUUUUGUCCAUUCAAUUAUAUUAAAGCAAGGGAAUGUGUGCUUCAAAUUGAAACCUUUCAAAAGGACAAAGAGCAUCGUGAUAAAAGGGGUUUGUUAUUAGUUGAAGAGAAAUCUCAACCAAGUAAAUCGACCAUUGAUAGCAUAACUACUGUGCUUGAGGCUUUAACAAUAAACUGGGUAAACCAAGAAGCCAGUGAUGUUACAAAAAUAGAUAAGAUCGAAGCAGACAUCAAGGAAUUAGUAAAGGUGGUUAAGAAACUUACUAGUAGCACAGCACCUGGACAUUCUGUCCCAAGAAACCAGUAUCCAACACGAGGUUCAAGAACAAACAUUGAUAAUCAACAGUGCUUUAAAUGUCAACAAGAGGGACACAUCUCAUGCAAUUGCCCGAAUCAAGAUCUUCAAGGUCCACCUGUUGAACAGAGAAAUGAACUAAGAAAUCUGAGAAAUGAAGAUGUUGAAAUAAGGGGUGCAAACAUUCGAUAUUUUGAAAUAACCUCAACAACAGAUAAUCCAGGUGUUGAAUACCUGAAAGUCAAGAUGGUAAGGAAAGAACCCAUAUUCAAUAUACGGAACUAUAAUUUAUGA